GAAAAUUUUCCACAAAACAGUUCUCCGCGGGACAUCUGAUCGCAGGAUUUCUCUUCGAGACUGGGCAGGAUCCUCUCCCUCUCAGUCCACGGCCACCGCUCGCGCGCCGCCGACCCUCAUGGCCAUCUCCAUUGCCGCCGUCGCCUCCUCCUCUGCUCUCUGCUGUCCGUCUUCGUUUGGGGCUCGUGGGAGUCCUUCGGGGACGAAGCCCUCUUCGCUUUCGUGGGCUUCGUCGAUCCCAAACAUAAAGAUCUACACUCAGCAUCUCAUCAAAGCCCCCUCCCCCGUCGUACCCAAUCACCAGGCUGGUGUGGUUCAUGCUGCUUGGACUCGCAGAUCUCGAGGCGAAGCUGCAAAGAAACCAAAUAGAAAAUCAUGGAAACAAAGAACGGACAUGUACAUGCGGCCCUUCAUGCUAAAUGUUUUCUUCUCCAAGAGGUUCAUUCAUGCAAAGGUAGUACACCGGGGGACAAGCAAAGUCAUCUCUGUUGCAAGCAGCAAUGCAAAAGAUCUCAGGAACACUUUGCCAUCCCUUAUAGACAACGAUGCUUGUAGGACUAUUGGACAACUGAUAGCUGAAAGAUCAAAGGAUGCAGACGUAUUUGCAAUGUCUUAUGAACCUAAGAAAAAUGAGAGAAUUGAGGGUAGGCUUGGGAUUAUCCUAGACACGAUAAAAGAAAAUGGCAUUAUUUUUGUAGAUAAAUAAAACGAUUUCUUAACCCAGCUAAUGUUGCAGCAUAAUGGAAUGAUCUUAGCAUUAAUAUUUUUAUAUCAAAGUCUCGGUUCCUUAAUUGCA